UGGAGCAAUUGCUCCAAGUGGAGGAGGAGAACUUUCUCCUUUUACUUUCGGAUGCAGUGGCUUGGAAUAUGAUCUAGGAAUAAACAGGUUUACUUCAUGAGGACUAAAAGUGACUUUUACAAGGACUGGGCAGAAAACCUCAAUCGACAGAAUGGCGCAGAUGCCGAGCAGGAUGCUGCUGUCAAACUUGCCCAGGAACGAGCAGAGAUAGUUGCCAAGUAUGACAGAGGACGAGAUGGUGCACAGAUUGAGCCAUGGGAAGAUGCUGACUAUCGCCUGUACAAAGUUACAGAUAGAUUUGGGUUUCUACAUCCAGAGGAGCUUCCUGUCCAUGAUGCAGCAAUAGAAAAACAAAAACACCUUGAAAUUGAAAGGACCACAAAAUGGCUUAAGAUGCUGAAAAGCUGGGAAAAAUACAAGAAUACUGAAAAGUUUCACAGGAGAAUUUAUAAAGGAAUCCCAUUGCAGUUCAGAGGGCAAGUUUGGUCUUUACUACUUGAUGUCCCUAAAAUGAAAGAAGAAAUGAAAGACUUGUACAGCAAAUUGAAGUGUCAAGCACGAGGGUCUUCACCAGAUAUUAGGCAAAUUGAUCUUGAUGUAAAUCGAACAUACAGAGAUCAUAUUAUGUUUCGAGACAGAUACGGUGUUAAGCAACAAUCUUUAUUCCACGUUUUAGCUGCAUAUUCCAUAUACAACACGGAAGUUGGAUACUGUCAGGGAAUGAGCCAGAUCACAGCUUUACUCCUAAUGUACAUGAAUGAAGAAGAUGCCUUCUGGGCCUUGGUGAAACUUCUCUCGGGUCCAAAGCAUGCUAUGCACGGUUUUUUUAUUCCUGGUUUUCCGAAACUGUUGAGGUUUCAAGAACAUCAUGACAAAAUACUGAAUAAGUUUUUGUCCAAACUUAAGCAGCACUUGGACUCUCAGGAGAUGUCCACUAGCUUUUACACCACAAAAUGGUUUUUCCAGUGUUUCCUUGAUCGCACUCCCUUUACGUUAAGCCUCAGGAUAUGGGAUAUCUACAUACUUGAAGGAGAGCGGGUUCUCACUGCUAUGUCGUACACAAUUCUGAAGAUACAUAGAAAACAUCUGAUGAAAUUACAAAUGGAAGAGCUUGUAGAAUUUCUGCAGGAGACUCUAGCUAAGGAUUUCUUCUAUGAAGAUGACUAUGUAAUAGAACAGCUCCAAAAUUCUAUAUCAGAAUUGAAACGAGCAAAGUUGGAUUUACCAGUAGCUGAAGAAUUUUGGAUUUUUCACUUGUUGUUGAAGAACACACAAGUAGCAGUUUGGGGGAUAUCUUUGUGCUGCAGAACCAUGGAUCCUUAUACCACUUCUCUCCUUCCAAUGUUUGUUAUGGUAGGAGGUAAAGAAGAUGAAUUUCCAAAGAAGCCGUUGGGGCAAAUUCCAUCAGGACCUCAGCCUGCUAUGCUUAAUUCCACUCCAAUGCUUAAUGGACAAAAUAGCACUGGUACACAAACAAUAAGAAGGACAGAGAGGAGACCAUCUCCUGUAGAAGAACCAGAAAAUUCACCAAAUAACCGAAAAAGAAUUAAUUCUCUGGAAAAACAACCUUCCUUAAAACAGCAGAAGUCUCGCCUGAUAGACACUCAGAGUAGUCAAUCUAAAAAUGAGGUUGAUGCCAGAAGAAAACCUCAGCCAACUGGGCAAGACAACUCAAAACAAUAUGAUAAUGCAGCUGCUAACCAAAAUUCUAAUGCUACUUCACAUACAAGAAGGGAAUUUGUACCUAAGUGGAAUAAACCGUCUGAUAUCAAAAUAAUUGAAAAGACUAUGAAACUUACGGCGGAGGUGAAAGGAAGGCCAAUAAAUAAUUCUGUUUCAAGCUCACCACCAAGUCCUACAGAAACACAGCCUUUGAAUGUAAAACAAAAGAUGAGGGUUUUGGAUGCUGAUGAGGGUAAGCGUGGGUCUAAUGCAUCACAGUAUGACAACGUUCCAGAAGCUGAUCAUGAGAAUGAGAAUCUUGUUGAAGAGAUGCUUGAGAGAGUUCAUCCACAGAGUCCUAGGCAUGUAGCAUACACUAACAGUCCAAGAAAACAAACUGAAAAAAUACCUGUUCCAUUAAAAAUGUCCAACAAUUAUACCUUUACUUCACAACCCAGAUCUCCAAAAUAUUCAUUGCAAUCUGAUGGAUCACCUCAUGGACUAAACACAAAGCAGCUGCUGCCCUCUUAUAGCAAUCCUCCGACUUACCAUGGAAAUUCUCCAAAGCAUAUCUCCAGCAUAAGCAAUACAAGUUCUAUACCUCUUCAUUAUCGUGGGAAUCGAACCAGCCCUUCUGGUAGGCCAUAUGGCUCUUUUAUUUCAGCAGAUUAUUCUCCUGAUAAAUUACAAGUGAAUUCCUAUCCUGCGGGUCGCCAAAAUCCUCUUUCACCAGCCCCUACUCGGAUAGAUGUAGCCCCUGUCGAUGCUUACACCAGCAACUUGAGGUCCGCUACAGGUGUCAAAUUCAUAAUGCCUCCAGUGGAUUAUUUACCAGAAGACAGAAAGUGGCCAGAUGCUGCUUACGUGUAUAGACAUGAACCGUACAGGCAGCCCUGGAGCCAAGAUGUUAACAGGGGCCACUUGGAUAAUUUCCAGAAAUACCAGCAUUUUCAGUCAACACCUUUUGAAGACCAUAGUCUUCCUGCUGUUUCUGUGGAUAGCUCAGUAAGAUACAGGACUUCACCAGCCUUUGAAGAGCAAGGUUCACCACAAUACCAAUAUUCAAAUCCAUCAGCCCAAGUCCAACACUACCGAAAUAGAAAUGAUGGAUUAUCUAUGCAUGAAUCUGUGCUUCUCUGAAAAUGUCUGUUCUUAUUAAAAUGGCAAGAUCCAAACCCAGUUAUACAUUACUGUGUUAGUAGUAGUCCACCUCAUUUCUUCUAUGAAAUGUGGACAAUUCAUGUGACUCUGCAAAAGUAACAACGCUAUUUCAGAGCUGUUUCAGACUUUUCUCUGAAGGCUAGGUGAGUUCUUAGACUUGCAUUGAAGCUAUUGAAAGUGAUCUGAUGCACAUAGACAUAGCAAUAAGAUCAUAUACACAAUAUGGCUAACACUGUCAUUUUCCCUCAAUUGAAAUAACUUGUGUUAUGAUCUUUCUGCCUAAAACCUAACGCAUUUGCGAGUUUUAUUUUGACUGACAUUGUUAAUGCACUGUAUUAAGUAUGUGUGCGUGAGUGUGUGCUUGCAUACACAAAUGCAUCUGGAAAAGAACUAAAGAGCUUAAAUGUAAAUGCAUUUAACUUUGGACAGAGGUUGUGAAGUACUUUUAUUUCGUAUUAAUUUUUCUUUGUAAUUUAUUUGAGAAGCCAUUCAUUUUGAAUGGGAAUUUCUGUCAUUUUUAUACAGCUGCCUCAGUAUCCCAGUAUCUGUUCUGGGCAGGAGAGAUACUUUGGGAUUAUUAAUUUAAAUUUAUGUGAGAGUUAAUUUCCUCUCCUUUGACUACUGUUUGUCAUUUUCCUCAGCAAGAAGGAGCAGACAGGCAAGAGCAGAAAGCCAAAAGCAUCUCUAUAAUCUGGCUAAGGAAUGGUGCUUAAAAUUCAGGGCAGUCUCUAGUUUCUUAGGUGAAUUGAAAGUGGAUAAUUUUUACCUUUGCACCUAAAUCUACCUUCAGAAUGUCAUAUAUGCAAAAUAUGGGAGCGCAGUAAGAGUAAUGCCACAUCCAGAAAUGGUGCUGCACCCUUCACUUUUUGCCGUGCUGUGCUGUCGAACUAAACAAAUUGGUUGCAAGGCCAAAUCUCAUAGGUAUCAGAGGAUUACUGGCUCCUUGAUGCUCUCAAGAAGCACACGCAGGAGAUUGAGACUUGGUUGUGACUUGAUAUCCCCUGAGCUGUGUGCAUGUGCAGUGUCCUUUCUCUUAAGCUUUGUCAUGUCAGUUCUAUUUUGUUCCCCCCUUCCCCCCCCCAAAGAGCCAGAAGACUCGUGUCUGUGAUUGGGCAUGGGCUGCUGAGAGAAUGCAUUUGUUUUUUUUUAAACUCUAAAAUCAACCUGACUGCUAAUAGGAAGCUUAGACUCGUGGUAAGGUGUUUUUAACGAGUGUUUGCAGCUUCUUCUGCUUUGUGUUUUCCUUUCAUUGACUGUGAAACAGGGGUGACAAAAGUGCAGGUUAAAGUGGCCCGUGUAGGAUGAGCGCCAGGUAGGAAGGGCUGGAUGCACCGACCUCUCAUUGAAGCCAGUGGGAGUUGAGGCAGAUAAGGAUCUUGCCAGAAGAGGUCCUUGGAGUGCUUAGCAGAGAGAUUUUCUGAUGCUUAAGGACCAAGCAUUUGGUAUCACCAUCAGUUUUGGAUGGUUUAGAAGGUUGUCCUAUUAUCUUUUGUUUUGUAAGAUUUGUUAAUUAAAGACAUAGAAGUGGAUUAUUUUUUUUCCUUUAAAGAAUGAGCUUUAGUGCCUAUUAUUGCUGCAGGUUGGCUCUGUAAGUUUUAAGGUACAGAAGUAAAACAAUUUUUACAAAUGGAAGUAACAUUUACUUAGUAUAUUUCAAAAACUUUUUGUGUAUAUGAUGUGUCUGAUGUAAUUUUUAAUGAACUGGGCAAUUUUAUAUUUUAAGGAUUGCAAACUGCAGCGAAGUAAUGGUAGCAAAGCACUACACUGAAACUCUAAGAUUGUGAAGAUAAAUAUGACUUGGGAUUACCUUAGUUCUGAUUGCUUAUAGCAGCUUAGAAAUGUAUGUAUAUAAUACUGUGGCUAAGUGUAAUAAUCUCAGUGUUUAACGAUGGUUCUGUAACUCAUAACAAAGCUGUACAAUUUAUUUGUGCAAGCAACACAAAGCUCCAAAAUAUGUAUCAGCAGUAGUAAAUACUGUAGAUUUUUAUAUAUAAAAUAUAUACACACUAUUUUCUUAUGUCAUCUGCAACAGUUUUAUAACUGUGUAUCCAAUUUUGAUGUGACUGUAUUUUUAACAUGUUAAAAUAAUAAUAAUUAAGCUUC